AUGGAAGCCUAUCAACCAGAGAAGUAUGAUCCUUUCGCAGCAGACGUGUGGGCCCUCGGGAUGAUCUAUUGUCAGAUCUACAUGCCGACUGUUCCGUGGAACCUCGGUUUUGCCGAUGAAGAUCACUUCUCCAUCUUCGAUCAGUCGGCGGUGGAUGGGCCUUUGCCAAGUGACAGGGCCCAUCUUCGAGCGAUAGUAGAGAUGCUGGGACGGAAUAUGCCGAUGCCUGCUCGGCCUUUGAUUCUCGAAAUGCUAAACCCUGAACCGAGUCAACGAGUCAGCAUGUCUGAUGCCAAGUCUACGGAGUGGAUUCUAAGUUUAGCCGAAUCCUGCGAUCCAACUCACUAG